AGUUUCUGCUCUCUUAAAGCAGACGGACGGAUUUAGAGGACGGACAGCAUGGCGCUGCCCAGCGGUCCCGCUGCUGAGGGGAGUGUGUGUGAGGAAAGUGUGUGUGAGGGAGUGUAUAAGGGGGUGUGUGAGGUGGAAGACCCCGGAGCUGCUCCGUUCGGUAAUUUUAUAAAUUAUUACAGUUUUAAUCCUCCGGAGAACCGCCUCGAGCUGAUCCCCGCCUCCCUGCUGCAGCAGCUCGGGCUGAACCCGGACCCGGACCCGGUCCUGCUGCUGGAUGUGGGCUGUAACUCCGGGGACCUGUCCAUCGCACUAUAUAAGCAUCUUCUGCAGGACCACCUGUCUGACCGUGGGUCUCCAGGAAACGUUCACCUCCUCGGAUUUGAUCUCGACCAAGAUUUAAUCUCCAGAGCCCAGGACUCGAACCCGUUCCCACAGAACAUUCGCUUCAUUCCCCUGGAUAUCACCCAGCAGGAGAGCCACGCUGAACUCAGGGCUUACCUGCAGAAGUUCGGCCGCCGGCGCUUCCACCUGUGUUCCUGCUUCGCUGUGACGAUGUGGGUUCACCUGAACCACGGGGAUGCUGCGUUUUUAGCGCUGCUCUCAGGCCUGGCGUCUCUGAGCGAGUACCUGCUGCUGGAGGUCCAGCCGUGGAAGUGCUACCGCUCGGCCGCCCGCCGCUUACGCAAACUCGGCCGCAGCGACUUCGAGCACUUUAAGACCCUGCAGAUCCGGGGAGACAUGGCGGCUCACGCUAAAGAUCACCUGGAGCAGCGCUGCAGCAUGCAGCUCGCACAGAGCUUCGGCUGGACGUCCUGGGACCGAAGCGUCCUGCUCUUCAGGAGACGAUAAUGACGAGACAGUAGAGACAAGAACACUGAGGACCAGGUCCAGCACGUCCUGUUAGUUUAAUUUAAAUGUUAUAUAUUUUUAUUUUGUAAUUACAACUUGUUGAAAUUUUUAUAUUUUAUAUAUAUAUAUAUAUAUAUAUAUAUAAUUUUAUUUCUAAUUUUUCCAAUUUUUUUCCCAAUUUACACGGCCAAUUACCCAACUCCCCCUAUCACUAGUGAUGCCCCAAUACACCAGGAGGGUGAAGACUAACACACGCCUCCUCCCAUACUUGUGAAGUCAGACUCCGCCUCUUGCUUGUUGAGCUGCUGUUGAUGCAGUAGCAUUGCAGAGUAGCGUCACAGUAGCGCUAACACUCGGAGGAAAGCUCAGCGACUCUGGUGGUUCUGAUACAUCAGCUCACAGAUGCAGCCUUGUGCUGAUCCAGAUCACCCUAGGAGUGAUGAGGGGAAAAAGAGAGCAUCAUUUACUGUACUGUACCCACCCAGAGAGAGCAAGAACAACUGAAUGUGUUAACAUGCAUAACUUAUUUAAAUGAGACCUAGUUUAUUGUAUAUGGAUUAAAAUAAAUGCAAGUAUGUGAAUGUGUACAUUAAUUCAGCACAAGGUGGCAGUGUUGUUCUGUUUCAGCACAGCGUGGCAAAUAUAUAUAUAUAUAUAUUUUUUUUUUUUUUUUCUUUUUUUGAAAAUAUAAAAUUACAAAAUAAAACUGAUCUUUAA